GUCAUGAACCCUUCUUUCCCGCGCUUUACGAUCACGUUGUUUAUGAAGACACAAUAAACAGGAUGGCGGAAGAAACAUCAUCAGAUCCAUUCUCCACUGCUACCAGCCCCUCCAGACCCUCAUCAAGAGGCAGAGGAGGUAGGAGAAUAGAUCCUAUCACCUCGAGUCCAGGUCGUGACCUACCUCCUUUUGAGGAUGAAUCCGAACUCUUGGGGGAUCCAGCAGGAGAGGAGGAGGAACAAGAUGGAGAAGAACUCUUUGGUGACCAACUUGAACAGGACUAUCGAGCAAUACCAGCACUUGACGUGUAUGAUCGAGAUGGCAUGGACGACGAAGGAGAUUUUUCAGAUCUCUCGGAGACGGCAAGACAUGCUGCUGAACGAGAAAUGCGACAGCGGGAGCGAGAAGAAGGAAUUCUUACUGGACGCAUGAGAAGAGGAUUAAUGUAUGAGGAGUCUGAUGAGGAAGAUGAAGCAGCUCCCCGGAAGAGACGAAGGGCUGAGCGAGCUGCAGAAGGAGAAAUGGAAGAUGAUGAGAUGAUUGAAAGUAUCGAAAACUUAGAAGACAUGAAAGGACACACUGUUCGGGAAUGGGUUUCCAUGUUGGGACCCAAGACUGAAAUUAAAAACCGAUUUAAGAACUUCCUGCGGACAUUUGUGGAUUCCAAAGGGCAUAAUGUGUACAGAGAAAAAAUACGGCAAAUGGUGGAAGCCAACAAGGAAAGUCUCAUCAUCGAUUAUAACAUGCUGGCAUCUGUAGAACAAGUGUUGGCAUAUUUCUUGCCAGAGGCACCGACUGAAAUGUUACAGAAUUUUGAUGAGGCUGCAAAAGAAGUGGUGUUGAGCAUGUACCCUAAUUAUGAGAAGAUCGUCAAGGAGAUACAUGUACGGAUAGGGGAAUUACCGUUGAUAGAAGAGCUGCGUUCUCUACGUCAGCUUCAUUUGAACCAGCUGAUCAGAACAAGUGGCGUCGUGACCAGCUCUACCGGUGUGCUUCCCCAGCUCAGUGUCAUUAAGUAUGACUGUAACAAAUGUAACUUUAUUCUUGGUCCAUUCUACCAGUCACAGAACAAUGAGGUGAAACCAGGCUCCUGUCCAGAGUGUCAGUCCACUGGACCGUUUGAAAUCAACAUGGAACAGACCAUCUAUAAAAACUAUCAAAGAAUUACGUUGCAAGAAAGUCCAGGAAAGGUCCCUGCAGGACGGUUACCAAGGUCGAAGGAUGCUAUUUUACUUGACGACCAGGUUGACAUGUGCAAACCUGGAGAUGAAAUAGAGCUGACGGGGAUCUACCAUAACAACUAUGAUGGCUCCCUAAAUAUUGCAAAUGGCUUCCCAGUAUUUGCCACAGUCAUUCAAGCUAACCACAUCACAAAGAAAGAUGACAAAAUGGCUGCUAGCUGUUUGACUGAUGAAGACAUCAAAGCCAUCAUUCAAUUAUCAAAGGAUGAAAGAAUUGGGGAGAGGAUUUUUGCAAGUAUUGCACCAUCUAUUUAUGGCCAUGAAGAUAUUAAACGUGCCUUGGCUCUUUCCAUAUUUGGUGGUGAGCCUAAAAACCCUGGAGGUAAACAUAAAGUGCGAGGUGACAUUAACGUUUUAUGUUGUGGCGAUCCUGGCACAGCAAAAUCCCAGUUUCUGAAAUAUGUGGAAAAGACUGCACCCAGAGUAGUGUUUACAACGGGUCAAGGUGCUUCUGCUGUUGGUUUGACCGCUUAUGUCCAGAGGAACCCUAUUUCUAAGGAAUGGACAUUGGAGGCAGGAGCUCUGGUGCUGGCAGACAAGGGAAUAUGUGUAAUUGAUGAGUUUGAUAAGAUGAAUGACGCUGACAGAACAAGUAUACACGAAGCUAUGGAGCAGCAGACAAUCUCAAUCUCCAAGGCUGGAAUAGUAACCUCCCUUCAGGCCAGGUGUGCCGUGAUCGCAGCAGCCAACCCUAUUGGGGGUCGGUAUGACCCUUCCCUAACAUUUUCCGAAAAUGUUGAUCUGACGGAGCCAAUUGUGUCCCGUUUUGAUAUCUUGUGUGUAGUGAGAGACACUGUUGAUCCCAUUCAGGACGAGAGACUUGCCAGGUUUGUGACAGGAAGUCACAUCAAACAUCACCCUGAUGCUGGUGAAACCCAAGCUGAUGAGAAUCUGAACCUGCUGAACACAAGUUCCUCAGUGGAUCCAGUUCCUCAAGAGCUCGUUAAGAAAUACAUCACAUAUUGUAAGGAAAAGGUUCACCCCAAACUUCACCAGAUGGAUCAGGAUAAAAUUGCAAAGAUGUAUGCAGAACUCCGAAGAGAAUCCAUGUCUACGGGUAGUAUUCCUAUCACAGUACGUCACAUCGAGUCCAUGAUUAGGAUGGCUGAGGCACAUGCCAAAAUGCAUCUCCGAGAUUAUGUGAAUGAAGAUGAUGUAAACAUGGCGAUCCGCAUUAUGCUUGAGAGCUUCAUUAGCACCCAGAAGUUCAGCAUCACAAGGACCAUGAGAAAGACAUUCAGUCGCUACCUUGCCUUCAGAAAAGACAACAACGAGCUGCUUCUCUUCAUCCUCACCCAGCUGGCCGCUGACCAGAUGUCAUUCAACAGGAAUAGGUUCGGCAUGGAGCAGGAGUCCAUUGAAAUCUCGGAGAAGGAUCUUCAGGAUAAGGCCCGACAGAUAAACAUAAGCAACCUGGCAUCCUUCUAUGAUAGCGACAUCUUCAAAUCAAACCGAUUCUCCCGCGAUUCUAAGAGGAAAGUGAUCAUUCAAAGUGUGUGAGAUGAUGGGCAUUGAAACUAACAUUGAAGAACAAAAACGAACAAAUGUGCUAAAAGAGGACAGCAGAUUUUAGCUGAAUGCCUCAACACUGUUAAGAAUGCCUUAAUUAACACUGUUUAUUACAGACAGGUAACAAAAUCGGAAAUCUGUAUACCCUGGGCCAUAUUCAGGUCUGAUCAAAGACUAUACAAAGUGUUUUAGGUACAAACAUGAAGUAUCUAUGCAUAGACUGCUAAGAAAAAUAUUCCCAAGACCAAACUUUCUUCAUCUGAUAGAAAUAAUUGUAAAAUAUUAAGAAGUCUGGUUCAGGAUUUCAAAUAAUGUACAUUUAUAGCAAUGUACGUCAAACUGUGAUGUUGUAUAUAUAUUGUACUUUGAUGAUAAACAAUUUGUUGUAUAUCUGUAUCCCAAUAUUGUUUGGCAUGUGCUAUUUGAUACCGAACUAUCAUCAAUUAGUAUUUAAAAAAACAACAUAUUUUUAAGUACGAAUUUUGUCAAAAGAAUAGGAACAAUAUAAGGGCUAAUUUACGUCAACUGAAAUAUUCCAUUCAAAAUAAAUUAGUCAUUCAAUUGGU